GUUGGUUCAAAUGUUUUGUUUUGACUUGAAAUAUAUGCAAUAAAGUAUUACAUUACAUUUUCAUUCUAAAAUAAAAAACACCGGAAUGUAUCCAUGAUGUAUCCUAAGUGUGAUAAUUGUGAAAUACUGUUACUGUCUGAAGAGCAACGAAUUGAAUGGUAUAAAGACCUUAGUGCAAAAAACAUUCUGUUGCACAAGAAACUCAUUGAACAACAGGAACUGAUAACUAUUUUGAAGAAAAAAUUAUUAGAGAAAAGGACAAGUUGUGUAUCUGAAUACAUAACAAACUUGGUUGAUCAAACACGUAGAACAGAACAUGACAGUUUUCAAAAUAGUCAACUUCUUCACCAAAAUCUCAAGGAAAAGUUGUUGGAAGUAACUGCAUUUUUGGAAAUAUUUAAUGCUGAAAGGGAAUCAUUUCAACAAGAAAUUGAAGAGAAUGAGAGACAUUUCACAGAACACAUGUCUUAUUUAAAUGGACAGGUUGAUUAUUUUCGAGAAUCAUUAUUCCGUGAACUAGAGGAAUCUAAUAGAAUCAAACAUUAUUUUAUCAAAAAAUUAUCUGGCGUUGCCUCUGCUAGUUACAAUAUUGUACUGGAAACCUUAAAAGAGGAAGGUGAAAAAUUAAAUAACGAACUUAAGUUAAGAUACAGGCAAACAAUUCAAAAAAGUAAGGAAGAGAUUGAAAGACAAAGUCUGCUUGUUUCAAAACUGAGAAAACAUAACAGACAGCUCUACUCAGUUAUUCAAAAGUCAAAAUUUGAAAAUGAAAUAAAAAUAUCAAAAUUAGAGAAAAAUGUAAAAGAUUUGAAAAUGACAGUAAAAAAAUUACAAGAAAAAAAUGAAUGCUUACACACCCAAAUAAAAUUAGAAGUGGAAGGUUGUCAGAACGAUAUUUUUGACGCUAGGAAGAAAAUAAGGACAUUUAUAAAACCCAAAAGUUAAAUACAUAACAAUAUUUAAUUCAGACUCAAUUAAUUUACAAUUAAAAUUUAAAUAAAUUACUUGUAAAAAACUUAA